AAAUUUUCAACUAAUGGUAAGAUGGAGUUCACUCUGAGCGGGCAAGAGUAGCAUCACUCUAAUUCAAAUUCUGUCUCUCUGUGCCAUUCCCUUUUACCUUUCUUCUUUGUUUCCCUUACAACUGCUCGGUCAUUAUCGUUCCCACCUUCCCUGUUGUCACUGCCAUUCAUCUACAAACACCUCUCUCCUUCUUUGGCAUGUUGGGCUGAAUUACUACAAAACAUCAUGGGUAGUUGUUUCAGCAAGAAGAGAGGAUCUUCUUCUUUUUCUCCCUCUGUUGCUGCUGUUGCUUCUGUAGCAAGGGCAGAUCCAAACAAGUCUCAUACCAAUGGUGAUACAGGAUGUGGAAAUAGUAUUACCCACGAAGUGACAGUGGACAGUAAUGAGCCAAUGAUGAAGCUGAAGAGGGACAAGACAGUGCCGGCAACACAAGAAGAUCAAAAGGUGGAAGAGGAUGAAGGCGACCUAGUGAAGGAGAUAAUCGUCGUCAAGCACCAGAAGAGCCAUGAAGAUAGAGGUAGAGGUAGAGAUUCUCGAAGCCCACCUCCUCAACAAGAUGCUCCAUUGGCACCACACGGGCUUGCCUCUACUACAGCUGCGGCUACUUGUACUGCUUCUUCAAUUGAAUCGGCAGAUGAAUCGAUGGUUGACAAGCUGGUUACACAAGCAGCAGCAGUAGGUGUUGGUGUAAGGGCAUCGAGCUGCACGAAAGAAGAGGUGGAUGCCAUUCUAAUUCGUUGCGGAAGGCUUAGCCAAAGCCCAUCCAGCAAGGCUGCUUCCUCUUCCGCUUCUUGUGACCGUAACAGAAAGUACGCGGGUUCCAAGCGGAGCUAUGACUUCGACGAAGUUGUUGCAGCUGAUGAUGAUCAAAAGAAAGCCAAUGUCAUUGAGAGCAAUGACUUGUGUGAGGAGGAUGAAAGGAGUCAACACCGACAACGUCAUCGCCAAUCAUCUAAGCCUUCUUCAUCUUCGCAAGGAAGGAGAAGGACACCCAGCAGAGAAAGAGACAGAGACCGACAACAGUGCUCGAGCAGUAGGGAGAGACGAGUGAGUCGAUCCCCUGGUAGGAGAUCAUCUGAGAACACCACUCCUGCUAGGACUACAGCAGGGAGUGCACCUGCUGGAGCCAAUGCUAUUAAGAAUGGUAAUAGGCCGGGAAAGAUAGUCUCAGUCCCUGCUACUGUUUCAUCCUUGGUGAUGGAUAAAAGCAACAAUGGUGGUGGAGGAGGAGAAUCUGCAACAGCCAGUGAUGCCAAGAGGAAAAAUGUUGGAAACGAGGCAGUGACGGCGGGUUUAAGGUAUGCUGCAUCGCCACGGUCCAAGUCUCCAGCAAGAGCAAAUGUGCACGCUAAGAUUUCCAAUAAUAAUCAGCAGCUGCAGGCGUCUCUUAGCCGCAGCUCUUCAAAGAAAGGAGAGCAAUCUCCUUACAGGAGAAACCCAUUGAGUGAGAUCGAUCCAAUCUCUCUCUCAUAUUCACAACCAAUUAACAGCAGCAGCAGCAGCAAGGUACAGAAUAAGAACAAAAAAGAAACUGAAGAACAAGGGAUUGAUGUCAAGGAUUCCACUAAUAUUCUGAAUCCGAAGCCAAAUGCUGAGAUAAAAAACAGUGCUAUCAACAACAGAACCGGUGUUGAAGGGGCUAACUACCAAACCAGCAGCAGAGGUACUCUGGACAACCAGGUUGUGACUGUAAAUUGCAUACCGAAGGAAAAGCGACAAUCGACUGUGGAAGAGGGUGAAGAACCACAACUAUCAAUGACUAGACAUGUCACCACUAAAACCGUGGUGGUCUCAGGCGCUGAAAGCCAGAACCCACAGACACCAUCAACAAGAACCAGGUCCUCUAGGAGAUUGCGAGACCUAGACCUGAAUCCGGAGACUUUGUUGAAUCCAAAUCCGUCUUAUGCUACGCUGUUGGUUGAAGACAUCCAGCAUUUCCACCAAAAGAAAACCAAUACUUCUGUUUACCUUCCACCUUGCGUCACCAAGGCCUGCUCUAUCCUGGAAGCUGUUGCUGACCUUAACUCCACUACAAGUUCUAAUUUGUCCUGUGCUUUCUCUGAGGACAGAAGAAGCCCCCCAACGCAUCAAUCUAACAGGACUGCCUACAAUUUUUCCCUGGCUGCUAGUCUUGUUGGGAACACGAUAACAGACACCAAAGAACCUUUUAUAGAAUCUGAGAUAGCGGUUGCUGACGAUGUGAUGGAGCCGAGCUUUCACAAGUAUGUAACGGUGAGGAGGGGUUGUGGGGAAGAUAUGGAGGACCAAGAGUCCUCAGGUAGCAACAGUUUUGUUAGCGAUGGUCAACAGCAUUGGGGUCUUUCUUCUUCUUCAUGGGAACCCGAGUCGGCUGAUUCUUCAACCAGCUGCUGGACUUCAAGAUUAAACAUCAGAGAGGAAGAUCAAAAGAUGCCACUGGGCUUUGAGGGGAGUGUUUUAUCUGAAUCAAGCGGCAACAUGGAUGAAGCAAGAAAGGGAUUUAGUGGGAAAAAGAGAGAUUGUGAUCGCCAGCAGAGUCGAGGGAUUGGGCGUGGCAGGCUUGGUGGCGUCACUAGUAGAGGUCUGCACUCGAUUCCUGUUGUUGCAGCUGCUGCAUCCACGUAAAUGUUAUGGAUGACUUAUCCCUUUGAUUGCAUACUUGCAACCAUUUCUCGA